AUGGACCGCCGUGAACAGUUCCGUCAUCUACUACGACUGCAUGUCUUGGGGCUGAAACAAAACUUCCCUGGAUGGAUAUUUCCCUCUCACCAUCUCGCAUUCCACAUUCACGAGUUUAUGGACUUAUUCAGCGGUGUUCGGCACUGGUGGCUCUUCCCCUUCGAGAAAUUGAUUGGAAAACUUCAGCGCAUUCCGACAAAUCACAAACCUGGUGAAUUCGAACGUACAAUCCACCAUUCUUUCUGCACAGGCUCUUUCUUUCGCCAGUGGUUAAUGCGAUCUAAUGCUCCACCCAUCCUUCGGUAUUGCCAAAAACUUCUAGAUAAAGCCUACAACUAUGAUCGGAGGCCCUCUACUCAUUCCGACGACGACGAUGUUAGUGAACAUCCUGAUGUGGCAUCGCGGUCGAUCCGAAAGACCACCUUCACAAGUGCUCCAGAACUCACCAAAUUACUUGGUAAAGAGCCUGUUGAGUAUUUCAACCGCAUUCCUGCAUCUAAGGGUGAUUACACAAUCCCGGCUGAGGGUGCUUCAGGAAAUAGCUACAUCUGUUUCCAGCCAGAAGAUGACUAUCAACCUGGACGGAAGUGGGUGGCCGGUCAGAUUCAGCAUAUUUUCAGGCAACAGAACAACGGUCCCAUUCAACUUGCAGUUCUUCGUAGUCAGUCCGUUUUCCGACUCGAUCCGUUCUCCGAUUUUUGGGACAAUGGCUUUGAAGCCAAGUUGGUUUCUUCGAAGUUCGGAGGCACUCUCGAGGUGAUAGACAUAAAACAGGUUGCGGCACACACUGCUAGAUGGGCUAUCUCUGAUGAUUUGGUUGUAGCUGUCAAUCUCUGUGCAGUAAGUUUGGCUGUUGUACCCUGGUUAAGAUUGUUAACGUGUCCAUAG